UCAAUCCACAUCAUGUCGGACGACUCGGAUUACGACUUUGCGACUGAAAUGUCGGGCGCUGCUGGAUCCGGAUCUGGCACUGCUGGAUCUGGCUCUGGGACGAACGCUGGCUCUGGCUCGGGCGGCGGGAACUCGCUGCUGGCUCAGCUCAGGGGGCCAACAAGCAGCCGACCGUCGCCGCGGUCCAGCGCCGCGUCGAGCUCACUGCGCACGAGCACUGCGGCCGUGCCCAUGUUUGCAGACGACGACCUGUCGGGCGGUGGCGCAGGCGGUGGCUUUGGCUUUGUCGACGAGUCGGCCAAGUACUACAGGCACGCCAAGAACGUCAAGUCCGUCCCGCCAGAGCAACGGUUUACAAUGUCCAACUUCCAGAUCGAGCAGCCAGGCGACGCGAGGGCGUUCAGGGCAGCUCCGCCGGGCACAGCCACCCCCGAGGGUCGCGGCAGCCCGACGCCGGGCUUUGGCUCCUCGUCGUCGCUCUCCGCGUCGGGAUCUGGCGGUGGUCUGCUCAUGGCAGCAGCUUCAAUGGCAGCAGCAGCAGGUGGUGGCGGUGGCUCCAGCAAGUCCGGGUUUACGAACGCGCCAGGGAUGCGGCCUCGUCCUGGCGGCCUGAUGGCGAUUGUGCCUGCCACCCCAGAGACCGGCGGAAGCAAGCGACCAAGACACCAGCCGCAGUCCAGUGGCAAGAAGCCCGGCCGUGGACGGGGCGGUGGUGACGACGACGACGACGACGACGAGUUCCAGGUCGACGAAGAACUGCUCGGCGGAGACAGCUCGUCCGGCAACGAGGAGGAAGACGAAGACGACAGCGACGCCGAGUUCCGGCCAAAACGCAAAAAGGCGCAUCAAGACUCGGACGACGACGAGGAAGGGUCGGAUGCAUCCGAACACUCGGACGCGCGCGAGGAUGAGGGCGAGGAAGACGAUGAAGACGACGACGAUCCAGAAGGUGCAGCAACGCUCCGGCGUUUCCGAGCACGUCAUCGAGCUGCCAGUGCUGCUGAUGGAGGUGACGCAGCUGCGUCUGGCGAGGCCGCGAAGCAAGAGGAGGAAAACAUGGAGAACGAACAAGCCAUCACAUUUGCCAAGGACGAUGACGAGAUAGACUUGGAGUCUGAUCGCGAUAAACUAAAACUUUUGGUCGAUGCGUUCACUCCGGAACAAUUACAUCGCUACGAGUGCUAUCGACGUUCUGGCUUUCCGCGAGCAGUUAUUCGCAAGGUCAUGCAGCAACAGCUCAAUUCGGCCGUAUCGAUUCCUUCUGUGAUUGUCAUGGCGGGUAUCGCCAAGGUGUUUGUGGGUGAGAUAAUUGAACAAGCACGCGACGUGAUGGUAGAACGAGACGAGGGCGACAAAAUCCAACCGGCUCACAUUCGAGAAGCGUUGCGGCGGCUGCGAUCGAAGGGCGUCAUUUCCGAGCGAGACCCGCCGAAAGCACGGUUGUUCCGUCGCUAGAUACCUUGGAUGGGUUGAUGUGCAACAAUACGUUCAAACAAUCAUGAAAGGGU